ACGUAUAACUAUUCUUCUUUUCAUCACCUUCGCAUUUUUGAGACUUGCGGCGAAGAAGACGAAGGCAAAGAUGCAGAUUUUUGUGAAAACACUCACUGGCAAGACCAUAACUCUCGAGGUCGAGUCCUCCGACACGAUCGACAAUGUCAAGGCCAAGAUCCAGGACAAAGAAGGAAUCCCUCCGGAUCAGCAGAGGUUGAUUUUCGCCGGAAAACAGCUUGAAGAUGGUCGCACCUUGGCUGACUACAACAUCCAGAAAGAAUCGACUCUUCAUCUUGUUCUGAGGCUAAGGGGAGGUAUCAUUGAGCCUUCUUUGAUGGCUUUGGCUCGGAAGUAUAAUCAGGACAAGAUGAUUUGCCGCAAGUGUUACGCUCGUCUGCACCCAAGGGCUGUGAACUGCAGGAAGAAGAAGUGUGGCCACAGCAACCAGUUGAGGCCGAAGAAGAAGAUCAAGUGAUCUGUUUUUCGCCAGAAGCUCAUUUUUAUCUAUGUUAUGUUUUUGUCUUUUCCCUUAAAAGACUCAUCUCUAGUGUUUUGACACAAACUUGUUUCAGUGGAUUUUUAUUUUGCAAGAUUAUUCGUAACUCUGAUUAUUUUUGCCUUUUUAAAAAAAUUUCGAAAAA